GGGCGGUGAGCUCUGAAAUGCCUGUCCCUUAGGUGUGCUGGCUGGCCCCCGAGCAGACGGCGGGAAAGGAGAAGCCCUUUGUGUACACCCAGGGGCAGGCCGUCCUGAACCGGUCCUUCUUCCCCUGCUUCGACACGCCUGCCGUCAAGUGCACGUACUCCGCCCUCAUCCAGGUCCCCGAAGGCUUCACCGCGGUGAUGAGUGCCGACACCUGGGAACGGCGAGGGCCCCACGGGUUCUUCUUCCGCAUGAGCCACCCCAUCCCCUCCUACCUCAUCGCGCUGGCCAUCGGAGACCUGGCCUCAGCGGAGGUGGGGCCCAGGAGCCGGGUGUGGGCCGAGCCCUGCCUGGUCGAGGCUGCCAGGCAGGAGUACGACGGCGUGAUCGAGGAGUUCCUGGCCACAGGAGAGAAACUCUUCGGACCCUACGUUUGGGGCAGGUACGACGUCCUCUUCAUGCCGCCGUCCUUCCCCUUCGGGGGCAUGGAGAACCCGUGCCUGACCUUCGUCACCCCCUGCCUGCUGGCGGGGGACCGCUCGCUGGCCGACGUCAUCAUCCACGAGAUCUCGCACAGCUGGUUCGGGAACCUGGUCACCAACGCCAACUGGAGCGAGUUCUGGCUCAACGAGGGCUUCACCAUGUACGCGCAGCGGCGGAUCUCCGCAUGCCUCUUCGGGGCCGCCUACACCUGCCUGGAGGCCGCCACCGGGCGGGCGCUGCUCCGCCAGCACAUGGACGCCACCGGGGAGGAUCACCCGCUCAACAAGCUGCGGGUGAAGAUUGAACCAGGUGUGGACCCGGACGACACCUACAACGAGACCCCCUACGAGAAAGGCUUCUGCUUCGUCUCCUACCUGGCCCACCUGGUGGGCGAUCAGGAUCAGUUUGACAGGUUUCUCCAGGCCUACGUCAAUGAGUUUAAGUUCCAAAGCAUCUUGGCCGACGACCUCCUGGAGUUCUACCUGGAGUACUUCCCGGAGCUAAAGCAGCGGAAGGUGGACGCCAUUCCAGGCUUCGAGUUCGACCGCUGGCUGAACACCCCGGGCUGGCCGCCGUACCUCCCGGACCUGUCCCCCGGGGACGCGCUCAUGAAGCCUGCGGAGGAGCUGGCCCAGCUGUGGGCGGCCCCGGAGCUGGACAUGCCGGCCAUCGAGGCCGUGGCCAUCGGCUCCUGGAAGACCUACCAGCUGGUGUACUUCCUGGACAAGGUCCUCCAGAAGUCCCCUCUGCCGCCCGGGAACGUGAAGAAGCUGGGGGAGAUGUACCCAAAGAUCUCGGGCGCCCGCAACGCGGAGCUGCGGCUGCGAUGGGGCCAGAUCGUCCUUCAGAACGACCUCCAGGAGGACUUCGGGAAGGUCAAAGACUUCCUGCAGAGCCAGGGGAAGCAGAAGUACACGCUCCCGCUGUACCGCGCCAUGAUGGGCGGCAGCGAGGCGGCCCGGGCCCUCGCCAAGGAGACCUUCGCCGCCACGGCCGCCCAGCUCCACAGCAACGUGGUCCACUACGUGCAGCAGCUCCUGGCCCCCGAGGGCAGCUAGAGGCUGUCCCCACGCUGCCCACGUGCCGCCCUGUGCUGGCUUCCAGAAUGAUCCACCCCGUCCCCGUCUCCAGCCCCCGCUGAGGUGUGUUCCCUCGACGGCCUGGUCUCCGGGCUCGAGUCUGACUCGUGGGGGCUGCUCUGGACCGAGACCGAAGACCCCCCGGCCCUCAGUGCAGGCUGCUCGUGGGCAGGCCCCCCUCCCACUGGAGGGUCAGGGCGAGAGCAGAGGACUUGGUCCUCGUUGGCCGAUUUUUAAA